UGCCGCAGCGAGGGCGGGGGGGUCAUCAUGAGCCUGAUGCUGGAGACGCUGCUGGGCCCCCCGGGGGGGCUCCGCAAGGAGCCGGGCCGCGUUCCCCGGGGCUCCGCCGCCUCCAGCGGCUUCUACUCGUGGCCGGCGCCGGUGCCGGGGCGGGCGCGGGGCGCGGGGGGCGGCGGCGGCAGCGCGGCCGCGUCCUCCACCGAGAGCCUGGACUCGCUGAACGGCGAACCGCGGGCGCGCAACGAGAAGGAGCUGCUGCAGGUGCUGAACGACCGCUUCGCCGGCUACAUCGAGCGGGUGCGGGCGCUGGAGCAGCAGAACCGGGCGCUGGCGGCCGAGGCGGCGGCGCUGCGGCAGCAGCAGGCGGGGCGCUCGGCCAUGGGCGAGCUGUACGCGCGGGAGCUGCGGGACAUGCGGGGCACCGUCCUGCGCCUGGGAGCCGAGAAGGGGCAGCUGCGGCUGGAGCGGGCCCGCCUGGCCGAGGACGUGGCGGCGCUGCGGGGGCGGCUGGAGGACGAGGCCCGGCAGCGCGGGGAGCUGGAGGCGGCGGCGCGGGGGCUGGCGCAGCGCUCGGCACAGGAGGAGCGGGCGCGGGGGCCGCUGGAGGAGCGGGCGCGGGCGCUGCGGGAGGAGGCGGAGAUGCUGCGGAGGCAGCACCGCGCCGAGGUGGGAGCGCUGCUGCGGGGGGCGCGCCCGGAGCCCCCCGCCGAGCCCCCCGCCGCGCUGCGCCCCGGGGUGACGGCCGCGCUGCGGGACCUGCGCGCUCAGCUGGAGGGCACGGCCGCCCGCAGCACCCUGCAGGCAGAGGAGUGGUUCCGCGUGAGGCUGGACAAGCUGUCCGAGGUGGCCAAGGUGAACACGGACGCCAUGAGAGUGGCCCAGGAAGAGAUCACCGAGUACCGCCGGCAGCUCCAGGCCAAGACCACCGAGCUGGAGGCCCUCAAAGGGACCCAGGAGUCACUGGAGAGGCAGAGGCAGGACUCGGAGGAGCGGCACCAUGCAGAUGUCCUGUCCUACCAGGAAACCAUCCAGCAGCUGGACAGCGAGCUGAGGAACACCAAGUGGGAGAUGGCAGCUCAGCUCCGGGAAUACCAGGAUCUGCUCAACGUCAAAAUGGCCCUGGACAUCGAGAUCGCUGCCUACAGAAAGCUCUUGGAAGGGGAGGAAUAUCGGCUCGAGACUGGCAUUGGGAUGCUCUCCUACCCCGAGGUGGUCCCCAAGGCUCCCAGCAUCACCACCAACAUCAAGGUGAAGAGCGAGGAGAAGAUCAAGGUGGUGGAAAAAUCGGAGAAGGAGACGGUGAUUGUGGAGGAGCAGACGGAGGAAAUCCAGGUGACCGAGGAGGUCACGGAGGAGGAGGAGGCUGAGAAAGAGGCUGAAGAGGAGAAAGCUGAAGAGGAGGAAGAAGAAGAGGAGAAAGCUGAAGAGGGUGAAGAAGAGGCCAAGUCUCCCGCAAAAGAGGAGGCCAAGUCCCCAGAGAAACCUGAGUCCCCCUCAAAGGAGGAGGCCAAGUCCCCUGAAAAGCCCCCAACCCCCUCCAAGGAGGGGGCCAAGACCCCAGUUGUGAAGUCCCCAGAAAAACCUGCAACCCCCUCCAAGGAGGAGGCAAAGAGCCCUGCUGUCAAAUCCCCUGAAAAGCCACCAACGCCCUCCAAGGAGGAGGCCAAGACCCCCACAGUGAAGUCCCCAGAGAAACCUGCACCCCCCUCAAAAGAGGGGACCAAGACCCCAGCGGUGAAGUCCCCAGAGAAACCUGCACCCCCCUCAAAGGACAAGGCCAAGACCCCCGAGAAACCCUCAGCCCCCCCUAAGGAAGAGGCCAAAAGCCCGGCGGUGAAGUCCCCAGAGACACCUGCAGCUCCCUCAAAGGACGAAGCCAAACCCCCCUCUGUGAAGUCCCCAGAAAAAGCCCCAACCCCCUCAAAGGAGGAGGCCAAGAGCCCAGCUGUGAAGUCACCAGAGAAGGUCAAAUCUCCCGGGAAGGAGGAGGCCAAGUCUCCACAGAAGGAGGAGGCCCCAGCCAAGGAGCCAACCCCUGCUCCGAAGGAGCCGAAAGCCCCCGCCAAGGAGGAGCAGCCCAAGGAGCAGCCCAAGGCUCCCUCCAAGGAGGAGGGAAAGAAGGAGGAAGCUCCCAAGAAGGAAGUCCCAGCCAAGGCAGAGGAGAAACCCAAAGAGAAGGUGGCUGCUGUGCCAGAGCCUCCAGCCCCACAGGUGAAAGAGACCCCCAAGCCAGGCCCCAAACCCGCUGAAGAAGGAAAAGCUGAGAAGGAAACUCCACCAAAACCUCAGCAGGAGGUUGGCAAAGCGGCCGCCAAGGAGGCUGAGAAGCCAAAGGCUGAGGAGAAGGUGGAGGAGCCGAAGAAGAAAGUGGAGGAGCCAAAGAAGGAGAAGGCGGAGGAGCCCAAGAAAGUGGAGGAACCCAAGAAGGAGAAGGUGGAGGAGCCCAAGAAGAAGGUGGAGGAGCCCAAAAAGGCGGAGGAACCCAAGAAAAAGGUGGAAGAAUCCAAGAAGGAGAAGGUGGAGGAGCCCAAGAAGGCGGAGGAACCCAAAGCCCAAGCAAAACCCAAAGAUGAGCCCAAAGCCAGCAAGGACCCCCCCAAGGCCGAGGCCCCCUCUGGCAAGGAGGGCACGGCCCCAGAGCCGGCCCCCAGCGCAGGGAAGAAGUGAGUGGAGAGUCCUGGGUGCCAAUGGGCACUGCGGGCACGGGGGCUGCUCUGCCCCCCUCCCCGAGGGCCGGGCCCGGGGUGGGACCCCCAGGCUGGGCUUCCCCUUAGCAAUAGGCCCUGUGAGAGCCGCAGGGUGGGCGACGCUUCCCUCGCAGAACGUGAUCCCCACAUUUAACACUUGAAUUAUAACCCAGGAGAAGGGGGGAGGCCCCCAGGGACACCCCUUCUCCUCUAAGUGCAUUUAUUCAAUGUAUGUGCAACGGAUGGACGAGUGCAAUGCAGAGCUGUAGCUGCUUGGGGGGGGCUGGCGGGGUCUGGGGGAAGGACUGUCCCCUGGAGCAGCGGUGGGAGAGGCUGGGAGCUGCAGGAAUGCUCCCAGGCACAGGCUGGGAGCUGCAGGAAUUGCUCACAGACACACACGGGUGCACCAGGAACCUCAGCCCACUGAUCUUUGCUUACUGUGCAAUAACCAAAUAAAAGUGCUUACGGAGA